CGUAGUCUUACAUCAAUCCCACAUAGCAUCAGUCGAAUUUUCGUCUUCAGUCACUUCCUACCUCUUCUUAAAUUUUUCCUCGUGUGGUGAUCCUCAACUGAUCAUCCACAGUGUAAUUAAGAUGAUGGACUAAUUAAUUUGAAAAGUGCCUAUUAUAAAAAAAGGAUUUUCUUUCUUUUAAUAUUUAGUUCUAUUUACGAAACUGUUAAAUAAUUUUAAGGUAAUUCUUCAAGAUGAAAAAAGUUGUUAAUAAAAUAAUUCUAAAAGGCAUAUCCCAAUCGACAGUGUUGGAAAAUGUGCAGCAUAUUUAGAAGUUUUCAAAUGAACGUAGUUCAAGUGAAUCUGUAAAACAAUUUCUUUCUUUAGGUUAAAAAUAGCAAGAGAUAUUUUCAGAGAGCUAAACAGAAGAUACUCAGUGCGGGGUGUACGUUAGAGAUCAAAUUCAAUAUCCGUCAGAGUUAUUCGGGUGUACAUUUUUCUCUGAAUGUGGAUUUCUCGGUUCUGGAGAGUAAAAAAUUGUGCUGAGUCUUCUUAAAGUUCUUUCUGUGCAAGAUUCUUCUGCUGUGGCUCAUAAAAUGCCUCCAACAGUAAUAUCUCAAUUGUCUCCGACUGUCGCGAAUUCUGCCAAUUUCUCAAAACUGCCCUACACAGGACCUUCACAAGGCUCAUCGCUACCCUACAUAAACUCCUAUCAAACGUCCUCAUCGGCAGCAUUUCAGCAACAGCCACCACAGUGGUAUUACAUGUCCAUGGAUGAACCACCGCCAACAUACAUGUCGUCAGCACCACCAAUGUGGAAUGCCUACCAUGUACCCCAGAAUUAUUCCUGUACUCAACAAGAGUCAUUAUCACCACCAGCAUCAUCCUAUGAGCAAAUAAUUGAUUUGAUAGAAACACUGGGGAAUCUGGAUAUUUCUAAGAAUUUCGAAAACAAAAAGCCUCAAAAACUACCGCCGGAUAACUAUUUGUGUCAUUUAUGCUUCAGAAAGGGCCAUUAUAUCCGCGAUUGUCCAAAGGCUCGACCAAAAGCAGAGGGGAAAACGCCGUAUCAGGGAAAGAAGAGGUGCUUCGGUGAAUACAAAUGUCCAAAAUGCAAAAGGAAGUGGAUGUCAGGAAAUUCUUGGGCUAAUAUGGGCCAAGAAUGUAUCAAAUGCCAUGUGAACGUUUAUCCUCACAAACAGAGACCUCUUGAGAAGCCUGAUGGCCUGGAUGUUUCUGACCAAUCUAAAGUACAUCCGCAGAUGCUCUGUGAAAAAUGCAAAACCCUUGGAUUUUACUGCCGCAAGAGGAAUUGUUUUUCAGCAAUUUGCUAGAUUUCUAAAAAAAAUUAAUAUUUAAGAAAAAAUAUCUCUUAAAAUCUAUAAUAAUCUUUUGCGCAACGACUGAAGUAUGUAUUGAUGAACAAUUAUCGUAUUUUAAUGAUGUCUUUUGAGAUAUAAAUUUAGAGUGUAAGAAAAUUUAGUGAUAAUGUAAAAACCAAAAAUAUCAAAUUGUCUUGACUAAAAAUAAAAUAAAAAAUGAUAAUAAAAUAAUAAUAGAAUAAAA